CGCGCUCGCCCGCAGCCGAGCGUCCCCUCCCCCACCCGUCGGGCGCUGAGGCUGCUACUGCAGCGGAUCCCGAGCCCAGCCGCUGAGGAGGAGGAGGAGGAGGAGGCGGAGGCGGCUCCGGUCCCCGCGCGCCAUCCGCCGCCCUACUAGACUCGGGCGAGGGAGCGAGAGCGUCGCCACUGUCGCCUCCUGAGAAGACAAGGGCACCGCCGCCUCAGCCGCUACCGCGGUUUUCUCCUGCAGUCGCUCCCGGGAUCCUCAGUCUUCCAGAAUGAACCCUGUUUACAGCCCCGUGCAGCCUGGGGCUCCUUAUGGCAACCCUAAGAACAUGGCCUACACAGGGUCUCACGUUUAUGCCUGGGCCAGCCUGAACCACAAUCCUCCUACUUAUUCCUCCCUUGAAGCUGAGAUAACAGGUUACCCUACAGCCUACCCUGCAGCGGCCCCUGCCUACAAUCCCAGCCUGUACCCAACCAAUAGCCCCAGUUAUGCUCCAGCCACUCUGCUGAUGAAACAGGCCUGGCCACAGAACUCAUCUUCCUGUGGCACUGAAGGCACCUUCCACCUCCCAGUGGACACCGGGACUGAGAACCGAACUUACCAAGCAUCUUCUGCAGCUUUCAGAUAUACCGCAGGGACACCAUACAAGGUCCCACCAACCCAGAGUAAUACUGCUCCACCCCCCUAUUCCCCAUCACCCAACCCCUAUCAGACGGCCAUGUAUCCAAUCAGAAGUGCCUAUCCCCAGCAGAACCUGUAUGCCCAGGGAGCCUACUACACACAGCCGGUAUACGCUGCUCAGCCCCAUGUCAUCCACCAUACCACAGUCGUCCAGCCCAACAGCAUUCCCUCUGCCAUCUACCCAGCGCCUGUUGCUGCCCCCAGGACCAAUGGAGUGGCCAUGGGCAUGGUGGCGGGCACCACCAUGGCGAUGUCAGCAGGUACCCUGCUGACUACACCCCAGCACACUGCAAUUGGGGCACACCCUGUGUCCAUGCCCACAUACAGGGCCCAAGGAACCCCGGCGUACAGCUAUGUGCCCCCGCACUGGUAAAGCCUGCAGCCCAUCCAAGUCUGGAGUCACACAUUGUAUGCAACUACUCAAGUCUUACACCGGUGCUGGAGCAGUCCCCUAGCAGCACCACCUCUACUUGCAAGAAGAGACAACGGAAGUGCAAGGGUCACUUUAUGCAUCUUUAAUGGUUUUGGUUUUUACUUUUGGUUUUUGUAAAAGCUGCUUUUUCUAAUCUCCUGCCUCUCUCCCUUUGCCCCUUCCCCCCCUUAGCCACUGCCUUCCAGCUCCACCCCCUCUUCUCCCCGACCCAGCCAUGUCCUCUCUGCACUUCUUUUCUUCCCCAAGUGUCCUGUCCCCAGGAUCCCAGCCUAGUGGCAAGCUGAGAGUGGGUUUAUUGCAGUGGUUCAUCUGAAGGCUUGAUUUUAUUUGAAAAGCAUAAACAGGUCUGAGGUAAGAAUCCAGAGCUCUUGAGGAGACCACGUCUCUGAGCGACUGUUUCUUUUCUUAAGAGUUCAGGACAUUACCAUGUCCUGACCCAAAGAAAUGUCUUCUGAGAGCCAUGGCAACAGACCAAGAACAAAACCACGUGACUAUGUAGAAGUGUUUAUUAGCAGCUUCAUACCCCAGGCUGAGAACCUGGGGAAACCAGAGUCUUUGGGAGAAUUUGGGGAAGGAAAGAAGGGGAGAGAGGUGCUUGCCUGAUGCUUUGGUUUGAAAAGUCUCUGGCUAUAUGGUUUGGGCCUGGACCUUCUGAUUUGCACCGUGAUGUUAACUGACCUGGCACUUCCUCAAAAGGUAGCUUUGACCUCAGACUUGCCAAGCAGCCGCAGGCUGAUGGAAUCUCAGAGUCUGGAGACUUGGGAAGGCCAGGUGCCCAGUGUAACCUAGACCUCAGCCUCUGAGCCUUCCUGGCUCACUCUAAUGAGGAGCUUCCUUCUGAUUAGAGUGGGAACCUGUGGCAUUUCUCUCCCUUGCCCUUCUGUCCUUCCAAGUGCCGGGGCUCACCUGUCUGUCUAUGAGGCUGGCAGGCAGGCCAAGCUCUUGGUUACCUUGUGCCAUUCACGGCCAAAGUGAAGGAACCACAUUCCAGGUGGGUGCUGAUGGCUCUGAAGGUCAGGAUAGUGAAGGAAAAGCAAUAGCAAUAAUCAUUUCAUAGACUCAUGGAACUGAAGAGACCUUAGCAAUCAUCUCAUCCAUUCCCCUAUUUGACAGAUUGAGGAAACUGAGGCCACAAGAAGAGGAAAGGACUUUCCUGGACCUCACAGUAAAUUAGCAUUAAAUGCAACCUUCCUACCUAGUGGCAUGUUGCCUACACAAAUUUAGCUAGGGAUGGAUUGGCUUUGUUUCAUAAUAAUUGUCAGCAGCCUCAUACCUGGUAAGCUCUGCAGUGAUCUCUGGGCUCGUUUCUGCUCUUUUACCCUAAGGAUUCUAAAGGUGGGGGUUGAAGACUGGGCAGAGGCCACAUGGGGGCAGAUGACAGGAACAGAAAUUGCAAAUGAAGAAAUAGCAUUUGGAAAUUCUGUGAAGACAUCUGGAACUUUCAUCCUGUACCUGAUUCUACACUUAGGAAAAGGAGCAGGUGGGCUGGCUGAAAAGGAGAGGCCAUGCUUUUAGGACAGUAGCCCCUCAUCAUCCUGGGAAGAGAGGAGAGUGGGAUCCAUCAGGAGAGGAGGACAAGUAUGAGGCCCAGCAGAAUGGGCUUGCCUGGGGAGAAGAGGGACCCCCAGGACAAAGAGGCCCCUGCUAGUCUCAUCCAGGAGCCUGGAUUGUCCAGCAUCAACCGCCCUCUACCCAGCGCAUAGCUGAGCCGGCAGCCCUUCUGGGGUGGAACAGGAACAUUACUGUACAAAAUGGGAUCAUUAACAACACUUGGGACUUCUAAAUAACUAUUUUCAUUUAAAAUUCAUGUAAACUUGGAUGUAUCCUUUCCCUACUUCCAGUGUCCCCCUAAAGGAGGAAAAAAAUCAGGAAGCCUUGGGCUAGAAAGACCUCAGAGCUGUCUGGCUGUUCCCAGGAGGUAAGGGCCAUCUGCAUCCUCGGCCCAGAGUAGGAGCUAGGGGACACCUUCCUGGCCUUGCAGGGAACUUCAGGACCAGUAAGAGAAGACCGGCUGUUCUGAGUGCCCUGCUUGGAGGCGUGCUGACAGGGUUUCAUUGUAUCACAACAAAAUUUUCCAGUGUUCAUUCAUUUUUUGCAGUGCCCCCCCCCACCUGCUUUGGUUUUGAACAGGUGGGCAAGGUUGUUCUAGAUUAUGUCAUAUGUGUUUGAAAAAAUGCCAAAAUAAUAAUAAUAGGAAACCUUUGCAUUUGUCAGGUGCUUCAUAGAUUUCAAAGAAUUUCACAGCCUUUAAUUUACUGGCCCUGUGAGAUGACAGGAUUACCUACUCCACCUCUUUGAGAAAGGAGAAACAGGCAAGGAAACCACCCAAAGUUGAAUUGAGCGCUGGAAUCCUGACAGGACUCCCAACGUGGCUGCCUCCAGAGGGGCUGGUGGGAUUGAAAAGAAAAAGGAAACCUAGGAAUGACCUUGUAACUUUUGUUCUUUCUACACCAGUAAGUAAAAACUUGUGCCUCACAGUUCACAGAGCAGUUCCACAUCCAGUGUGUGGUUUCACCCUGAUAUAUGAAUCCAGGCUGGAUUCUGGCCCUCCCCCCAUAGCCUUGUAUACUGAAGCGUCUUCGCUCUGCUCCCUGACUUAGCCUUGUAUGUUAUUCAAGAUCAAGGGAGGCCCCAAGGUGAAAAGGCAUUGAAAUGCUGUCUUCUGCAGGAGCCAGGCCCAGUGUCUCUUUGCCCCAGUAUGAGCGCUGGAACCUUGGCACAGUUGGCUUCACCCUCUUAUUUAACAGAGAUCCACAAGCCUGGCCACGCUUGGGGAGUCACUGCAGAGGGACUGAGCCCAAGAAAUCCAGGCAGUGUUUGCAUCAAGUAAGUUGAGCACGGCUCCUAGCAAGGUCCUGGUGGCAGGAGUUCUGUCACCCAAAGAUUCUGGAUGGCCCUGGACUGCUCAGAGCUAGAAGGGCCCUCCCAUCCCAGGUCAAGGGACAUGCACACUUGACAGUGAGCUGGUGUCAGCAAGCACACCUCUUCUUCCCAUGCCACUGCCCCUCCCAGCUCAGCAUCUUCGUGGCUGAGGCCAGGGGUAAAUAUUCCAUUCACCUGUUCUUUCCCCUCACUGCUACUUGACCUUGCCUUCAGCAACCUGGGGUUCAGGAAGUUUGAGUCUGGAAACUGCAUUGCGUCUGAAUCAUGAAAGUCUGAACCAAAAAAACAAAAAUGUAAUUGUCCCCAUGAGACAGCAGCAAAUGUGCUGCUCCUUCUCAUUGUCUGCAGUGGCCCUGACAUACACUUCCCUCCCCUGAAUGUUCUGUGGGGGCACACACAGCUGGCCAGAGCUCUUUUCAUAUGCAAAGUACUUCAGCAAUGGGUUGCCAAACUCCCAUUUUAUAGAUGAGAAAGCUAAUUCUCCAAAGGGCUAGGGAUCCUCAUAAGUAAAGCUCUGUCUGCUGCCACCUGCUGGGUGUCCAAAUAGCCAGCUUGGAGGAGGGUAGGGCUGUCUGCCUCUAAGCCCAGGAAGACUGUGAAGACGCAGGAAGUUCAGUUCUCUUGGCUGAGCAGACUUAUGCACUUCUAUGGGCCAAGGCCUGUGAUGGCCCUGGGGACCAGAAGCAUAUCAGGUGGCAGCACAGAGGGGAUGAGAAUUUGCAACAAAGGGCCUCACUUGCACAAAGCACUUAGAGGUGAUAGUGCCUACCUAGUACUGAAGAUGUGUUCAAGUGCCAAGCAUCUUCAGGAAGCCAGCACACACUGGCUUUCUGAUCCCUGUACAGAUCCAGCAAGAUGCAUUUGAAGGAGACCCUGAAUGGCCAAAAACAUCACAACUGGAAUUCCUGGGAUUGCUUUUUCAUGGUGGGAGCCAGGUCCUAGAGAGACACAGAGAGGAAGCAGGCUCCGUGUAUCCUAAUCUUUUUCCCCUGGCCACUGAAAUUGUUCCAAAUUUAAAAUAUUCUCCUUCCAUAUACCUGGGAGUGCUUCUUUGGAAGGUUUGCUUUGUUUGAAUGGCCUUCAGAAAUCACAUGGAGCUUAAAAGUAGGACAAGCCCUUUGGUCACCAAGUUCUGGCAUCCUCAUUGUACAGGCUGAGCCAAGCCUAGGAGAGCCCUGCGUAUCAAAUUCCUUAGCUCUGCUUUUUGGCCAGAGGGGACAGGCCCUGCUCUGGGCUUUGUAGUCUUCACUGCAUUCUGGCUGGAUCAGUCACCAUCACUGCACUCCUCAUGUAAAGCAUAGUGAACCCUCGGGCAAGCUCUGCUUCUCCACAUCACUGCUGGUGUGCAGUCCCCUGCAUGCUGCAAGCUUGGGAAUCUAGAGAGGCAGGCAGGAGGAGUAUGGACAGAGGGGAGGCAGGCUUCUUGCUGGUAUGCAGCCUCCUGGAGUUUAGGUCACACCUACCUUUGGAAGCAGGUUUAGUGGAAGAAGCCUAGCCAGGUAACUUAAGACACUCAGGUUUUUGAGGGCAUGCCAGGUUGACUUCAGGGUCUGUCCUUUACCCAUCCAUGUCCACUUUUAGGAAAUGUCUGAAAUUUGGCAUUACAGGGUUCCAAGACCUGGCCUUCAAAAUUCCUGACAGGCCAGCUUCAACAUUCCAUGGCCAAUCUUGCCUGAGCCUGACCUAGGUCCCACUCCCUCAGUUUCUUCAAUGGGCAUUUCCUACCUUGCAUGCUGUCAGGGCCAGCCAGGAAACACAAGGGUUGGAACUGGCCAAAAGGGACACAACAGCACAUGCCUCCCUAGCUGCAGAAAUCAGUGGCUGUGGUAUUGAGUCCCACAGCAUUCCUGGUAGGGAUUUCCUUCCUGAAGAGAACAGAACAACUUUGCAUAGAAUUGCUAGCCCAUGGGUACAGCCAUCCUCAGGCUCCAGCCUUCUUCCUCAUGCCUAAAAGUCAGGGAAAGUGGGACUGGCCCAGAGUCUGCCUUGGGUCAGUUGGAUUAUUUGGAUCUGGGUUGUGACCCUUGUCUCUUCACCGAAAAGAGGCUAGCAGGGCUUCUGGCACCUGAGGUCUGAUGAUCUCUGAAGACCCAGGGCCUGUCCCCUCCUGACUUCACGGCAUCUGCAUCCCUCUUUCAUAUCACACAGCAGAGAAGCCUGUUCUCAUGGCAAGUAACAUCCCUGUGAAGAGAGCGUUGUAUAUGAUUUUGUAUUUUUUAAUUCCUUUUAAUCUACAGGUUGGAAUCUAAUUUUUAAAUUUUAUUGGAACUCACAUUUUAAAAAUAAAGAAAUGUUUAAAAAUGAUAAAAUAAUAAUAAUAAUAAUAAUAACCUUUGAACAGUGUCCUCCAAGUAGUUUGAUCGAAGAAUUUAGAGGUGUUUUCAAAAUACAGCCUGGAGUAUGAUGAUUGGAAAGCCUGUGGCCUCACUUGUGUGUAUGAAGUGUAAAUCUGGUUUGGUUUUAUUGUUUUGGAUUCCUUUGGGUUUUGUUUAGUUUUGUUUUGAAGAUCAGAUAGUGAUCACUCUGAAAGAGAUUGAAGCCAAGAGUUUGUAAUUAUGAUAUUUACUGUAAGCUGUAGAACAUUCAAUAACUAUUAAAAAAAAAAAGUUUCCCAAAAAAGAAAAAAA